GCUAUCUGCCAUGCACAGUUUACACACGACGACACGACAGCUCGCGUUCGAGCACUGUCGAGCAGUCACGAGUCAUGACCGCAGACUGGCGCAGUCUGAAGACCGCUUCAAGCUAUCAACAGGAACUUCUGUCGUGCCGUGCGUUUAAUGUGGUUGUGCGUUCAUUGAUCAUUUUUCAUUUCUGUUACCGACUAGUCCAAAAUGGACGUGUGUGAUAGUGAUGCUCUAAUAAAUGCAAUGAAAUCACAAGAUAUUAUUUGGAACUAUAAACAAUUGGAUUACAUCAAUAAAAUAAACAGAAACAGUGCAUGGACAAUUAUUUGCAGCCAAGUAGUUGCAAACUUUGAUGAACUAACUGUUCAAGAACAAAAUAAAAUCGUCACGUUGGUCCAGAAAAAAUGGAAAGUAUUAAGAGAUGGGUACACCAGAUAUGCUAAAAAAAUUAAAUCAAAGAGUGGUUCAUCAGCCCCCAAAUGGCCCUAUCAGUAUUACGACCAGAUGUCAUUUUUAAGGGCGGUAAGAGAAGAUAAACCAGACGAAACAAACAGUUUAGAAGAAAGUGAGUAUGCUGAAAUCAUAACAAUGUACGAAGAUAGUGACUUUCCUGAAAGCAUGCUAGAAGAAAGCGGGUAUGCUGAAAUGAAGACCGAAGAAAGCGAAAAUGAAAAUAAAAAAUGCCAAUCAAGAAGUCAAAAUGCAGAAAAACAAACAUCUAAUUACAAAAUAAAAUUAAAUAAUGCAAUGAAAGAAGAUAUCAUACCAGAAAAAUUAUCGAAACGCUUUGAAGAGAAAUCGCAGAAUUCCAGCAAUGCUGAAGAACAUGAUAAAUUUUUUUUAUUAUCACUAGUUGGUGACUUUAAAAAAAUUAAUGAUCAGCAUAAAUUAGAUGCGAAGUUAGAAAUUCUUAACGUAAUAAAACAUUAUCAAGGGAUGUCACAUCAUAUAAAUCCUUCAAGUUAUAGUGACAAGGGAUAUUCAACACAACAUUCAUCGUUACCUAACAGUGCUCCAAGGAGUUAUAGUACUGGUCCCUCUACAUCAUCGGUUGAUGAUGCAGAGGACCCCAUCAGCUAAUUAUGUAGAGGGACCAAUGUUCUCAAUUGGAAGAUCUAUCGUCAUCUUCUGUACUGGCUGUUAAUGUAAUUUGUAAUAUUUUUAAUGAAUAAAAAUGUAAGUAAAUA